UAUAAAAUGAACAUUGGACAACAAGUUGGUAUUGAAAAGCUCUUCUCCAAAAUAAACAAAUCUCUCCAAAAGAACCCAAAGGAUACGAUCUCAGACACAGAUUUAAACAAACUGCGUGCUUACGUGAUAAAAUCUCAGCGUCCCCUCCAAGCAGUAAAGCUACUUGAAAAAGAGCGUGAAGAAAGAGAAGCUGAUUACAAAUUCAUUAAACAAAAGGAAGAAAUUAUCGAACAAGCUCAAGCUCUAGAGCAAGAGAAAGCUAAGUUCAAGCGUGAUCAGAUGGAAAUGAUCAAGCAGGUCAAAGACUCUAUGGGCACCAUCAUCCAAAAUGCCAACAAGAGAAAACUUGAAGAAGCUAAAAGAGAAAAGGAGAAACAGAAGGAAGUCGAAAAUACAGCCAAAAUUAAGGAGCUUCAGAAGGAACUUGACAAGAAGAGAAUGGAAUACGAUGCCAAGAAGAAGCAACUUGAGAAGUAUAAGAAGUACACCGAGUUCCUUGAAGAAGUCGUCAGUUCUGAUAAUGAUAACAGAGAAUUCCAGGAUAUCGAAAGCCUAAAGGAUAGGUUCAAGAUUCUGAGAAAAGAGCAUGAAAAUUUGACUAAUAAGCAAAAUGAUAUCAACAAGAAGAUCUGGGAGGUCAAACAAGAAGGAAAGAAGAAAAUGGACUCCCUUCAGAAUGAACUCUAUGUUAUGCAAAGAAAGAUGCAUUCAAACCAAAAUGCUAAGCUUGAACCGAAGCUAUUAUCAACUUUUGACACUGGAAAGAUUAACAAAGAGUCGACCAAUAGCAUGGUUAUUACUGCUGUCAACAACAUGUAUGAGAUGUGUGUGAACCAAAUGCACAAGAACAAAAAGAAAGCUUUGAACGUCAAUAGUAGGCUGAGCAAUGCUGAAAUAGACACUAAACUUAUGAAAGUAUUAACUGAAAAUGUCUCCAAAGACAAGUCGAGUGAGAAUGGCAAUUUACUGCAAGCUUUCAUGAAGAAACUUGAGACAAUCAGAGAGACUAUCGAGGAUCUCAAAGAGGUAGCUAAACUUGUACCUGAUUACUCCAAAGAAAGUGUUAUUACCGCUGAAGCAAAUGGAACUGUUAAGAACGGAGGUAUCAAUUUCAGAUAAAUUUCAAUCAAA